UCUGCCUACGCUUGUCACCUUGCCUGAACUUUAAUUUUUAACCUAAUUCUACGUUUUUGCAUGUAUUAUCUUUUUUAUUCACAAAACGUCUAGUUAUGACAAUAGCUAACUUUUGAGUUCUUUCUCUGUGUCCCUUACUAUGCAAAGUAGUUUACAAAUUAUUUAAUCCUAUUGCAAAUUGUGUAGGACAAGCGUAGACGUACUAUUUAGGGUUGUGAGUAUUAAAGCAUUUAGAACAAUGCCUGGCACAUAGUAAGGGCGUAGUGAAUGCAACAUGUCGUUAUUACCUCAGUUAAUAGAAAAGGAAGCAGGGUUUUAUAGCGAUUUUAGAAUUUGCCUGAGGUUUACUGGAGUAGCCUGAAGCUGUCGGGUUUGAAGUGUUUUGUUGUCUUGCCUUGUGUUGGGAAGGCCUCGGACUUGGGAGUCUAUCUUUAAUCGUUUGUGAGGUGGGUUGGAUCAGUCAAGUCACCUGGCUUUUCCCGACAGGGCCAUACUUGGUCUGAGGGCUGAACCCAAUGGCUUAGCCUGGCUGCCCUUUUGCAGCCUUUCAUUUAAAACAGUUGUGUAAGAUCUCAAAGUACCUGCUCUUAAGCACUUCUCAAAAGUACUAUUAUAGAAUACUUAAACCACCUUGGACUUGAUAGAGCAAGAAACGAGAUUAUGAAGGUUAUUUAUGCUCCCUGCUGCUCCCUGCAGAAUCCCGAAGCUCUGCUUUUGCAUUGAGGGCCUUCAAUGUGGAACUGGCUCAGGCUGAUUAAGGACUCAGUCUCUGAGAAAACAAUUGGACUGAUGCGAACGCAGUUUUGGAAGAAAACUGUGGAAGAUAUAUACUGUGACAAUCCACCACAUCAGCCUGUGGCCAUUGAACUAUGGAAGGCUGUCAAAAGACAUAAUCUAACUAAAAGAUGGCUUAUGAAGAUCAUUGAUGAAAGAGAAAAAAAUUUGGAUGACAAACCAUAUCGUAAUAUCCAGGAACUAGAAAAUUAUGCUGAAAACACACAGAGCUCUCUUCUUUAUUUAAUACUAGAAAUAUUAGGUAUAAAGGAUCUUCAUGCUGAUCAUGCUGCAAGUCACAUUGGAAAGGCACAAGGCAUUGUCACUUGCUUAAGAGCAACACCAUAUCAUGGCAGCAGAAGAAAGGUGUUCCUUCCCAUGGAUAUUUGUAUGCUGCAUGGUGUUUCACAAGAGGACUUUCUACGGAGGAAGCAAGAUAAAAAUGUGAGAAAUGUAAUAUAUGACAUUGCCAGCCAGGCACACUUGCACUUAAAGCAUGCUAGGUCCUUCCACAAAAGUGUUCCUGUGAAAGCAUUUCCUGCUUUUCUUCCGACGGUUUCCCUAGAGGACUAUUUAAAGAAAAUUCAACAAGUGGAUUUUGAUAUAUUCCACCCAUCUUUACAGCAGAAGAAUGCUUUACUUCCAUUAUCUUUGUAUAUUCGGUCAUGGAGAAAAAGAUAUUAAAAUAAGUUUAUGGCA